AUGUCUGUUCAAGGGGGCAGCCGCUCUCGAGGAACGUCGCCUUUUUUGAUGCAGCUAGCGCGACGCCAGGUCUUGGCGGGAAGGCGCGUGCGUGAUUCAGCCCUACACGCAUGGCGAUCGCUUCGUCACUGGUCUGGGACGUCUGGCCACUUUGUCGACGGGCAGACUGCGGUGAAGCAUGUCUCCAGUGCAGGUAGCAAGCGGCAAGCCGGCCGCCCGCACGCAGAAGCCGCCAGAGCUGCAACCUCGCUCCGCUUCGCCGUCUUCGCCAUCGCCAACAUCAUCGCCGCCUACUUUGCGCCCAUCCAGGACUGUGACGAGGUCUUCAACUACUGGGAGCCGACGCACUACCUCAACCAUGGCUACGGGCUGCAGACGUGGGAGUACUCUCCUGACUAUGCCAUCAGAAGCUGGACAUACACGGCCAUUCACUCGCUGGUGAUAUGGCUGGGCACAGUGCCGCUGAAAGUCCUCCUUCCUCUUGCGAAGCCAAAGGUGGUGGAGUUCUACUUCCUCCGCGUCACGCUGGCCGUCGCAUGUGCGCUCUGUCAGUCAAGACUGUACUCGGUCAUCUCGCGGACCAUUAACCCACGAGUGGCCAUAUUCUUCGCCAUGGCUCUCAUCUUCAGCCCCGGCAUGUAUCACGCUGCACCAGCCUACCUGCCGUCGACGUUCGCCAUGUACACCUCCAUGCUCGGCUUCUCGGCCUUCAUGGACUGGACCAAGGGCAUGAAGACAUCUCAGGGAGUCUUCUGGUUCGGCAUCGGUGCCACUCUUGGCUGGCCCUUUGCCGGUGCCUUGGUCCUCCCGUUCGUUGCCGAGGAGAUCAUUCUCGCAUCUGUGACUGGUGAUCUUGCCGACGGCUUCAGAAGACUUGCUCAGGGCGCAUUUUACUCGGUGGUAGCCUUGGCAGUCCAAACGGGCAUUGACUCAUUCUUCUACAAGAAGUUCACUUGCGUACCUCUAAACAUCGUGCUAUACAAUGUCUUCAGCGGGGGUAGCCGCGGUCCCGACAUAUAUGGUGUCGAGCCAUGGCAUUUCUAUGUUCGCAACCUUGCACUCAACUUCAAUAUCUGGUUCUUCCUGGCUUUGGCUGCUUUUCCGCUGCUGCUGCUCCAGCACGUCGUCAUCCAAAUGGCCGUUUCAAAGCAGACUCUUCUUCGCAGCGUCGUUUUUGUCACUCCCUUCUAUCUGUGGCUGGCCAUCUUCACCUCCCAGCCACAUAAAGAGGAGCGCUUCAUGUAUCCUGCAUAUCCAGCACUAGCAUUGAAUGCUGCCAUAUCUCUGCAUAUCAUUCUGGCCAACUUUGGGUCUACAGAUCCACAACAUCUCGUCAGCAAGAUUCCUGGGCCAAUUAAGCUUGCUGUUGUUGCCAUUCCCCUUCUUUUAUCCUUCAACAUGGGCAUGCUACGUACCAUCGGCACAUUCACUGCCUAUUCUGCACCCCUCAGUAUCUAUCAGCCUUUGCACAACGCAGGAGUAGCACAGCCUGGGGACACCGUCUGUCUAGGCAAGGAGUGGUACCGGUUCCCAUCAACAUUCUCUCUACCGCAAGGAGUCCGAGCCAAGUUCAUCAAGAGCGAGUUCUCUGGCCUGUUACCUGGUGAAUUUAGCGAGGCCAAUGUCGGCUUCGGACUGUGGCCAGGGACAUGGUUGGUCCCUCCUGGUAUGAACGACGAAAACCUGGAGGAUGUUGGAAAGUAUAUUGAUGUUGAUCACUGCACAUUCUUGAUCGACUCCCGCCUUCCUUCAGCACCACCGACAGCACUGGAACCCUCGUACAUCUCAGACACGAAGAACUGGGAGAAGAUGAAGUGCACCACGUUCCUCGAUGCUUCCCACACGCAUCUCCUCGGCCGUCUUCUAUUUAUACCAGACUUGCCAUUUGUACCGGAAAGGUUCCGCCGCAAGUGGGGCGAUUACUGUCUGCUACGAGCAAUACCUCGCACGUGA